CAUCAUUAAUUUGUUGAAAUGGACCAAAGCAUUAUCGACUUCACGACUUUGAAUAUGAAUGUCCGACUGUUCUUCUUCUGACAUGUCUAAUGAUGACCACAGGAAAACAUACUGUCUGAUAACAUUAUCUUCAUGAUCAUAACAAGGCUAUAACGACAGACGUCCUCAGUUAUUUUUCUGGGGAAAAAUACAGCAGGCGGUGUUGCAUCGUUACGAAGUACAUUGUGUUUAGGGAACCAAAUCUCAGAAAAUACAAAUGUCCGACGUUGAUAAGUUCAGAAACAUGAUGGGAACGUUAACCAAACUACACAGACGGAUAUUGUGCCAUCGACUGAGUGUCCAUCAUCUCCAGCUAAUACUGCUUACUCUUGCUGUCAUCUUCUUCUGCCUUACAUUUAACUUCAUCACCUUCCCAAGCCAGGGAAAACACAACAUCGACCGUUCCAGUCUGUCUUUCGUUAGGACUAGUGGAGAGCUUGAGAGCAUUGAUAAGCUGCUGGAUGAUGGAGUCGGAAACGAAAAUGGUGACGACGACAGGGUGGUCAAGUCUCAAGAACAUGAAAGGGUAAAUCAGAGAAGGACGAGAAGCCUUUAUAUUCACUCUGAGAUUAAACCUAUCUCAACGUGGCACGAACUGGAAGAUUUGGUGGCUUGUGUACAAGUGGAAAAGGGUAAACCUGAGACCAAACCCUGUUUGGUACAAUGUCCGAAUGGGGAAGAUCUAGAGAUACAUCUUGAAACAGAUCUCCGUCUUGCAAGGGCGAUGGACGCUGUCCUCUUUGGUCUUUCUCCAUUCACAAUGAGAUGGUCCUUCCCGAGUGUCUUGGGCUACAAGCCCAUCCCUGACCAACUAGUUGUGUUUUACAGCAUGGAGAAUGUUCUUCGAAUGCACAAGUGGAACUCAAGGCUGGGUCUUUUGAAGUAUCACGUAGACAUGACGUAUGGUGCGUAUUCAAACAUUAGCGUUCCAUACGCUUAUUUUGUACCUUUCACAGAGGAGGAAACCAAGAAAGGCGAAACAAAAAACUGGAUGGAAGGAAAGACCAAACUGAUUGCAUGGAUGGCAAGCAACUGUAAGGAGGUCUUCUGGCCGAGGAACGAGUUUGUGACCGAACUACAGCGUCAUAUCCAUAUCGAUACGUAUGGACGCUGCGGCAAUCUGACUUGCCUUCCCCGUCUUUCCGAAGAAUGCGUCAAGAUGCUAACAAAGUAUAAGUUCUAUCUCUCUCUUGAAAACUCUGAGUGCAAUGAUUACUUAACUGAAAAGAUUUGGGCUUCGGCGUUAGAAAAUAAUGUCAUCCCCGUCGUGUACGGACCGCGAAAAGCCGACUACGAGAAGUACGCGCCUCCGAAUUCUUUUAUCCACGUGAGUGAUUUCAAAAACGCAGAGGAACUUGCUCGCUAUAUCAAGCGCGUUGCUACUGAUGAGAAAUUAUAUAACAGCUACUUCAAAUGGCGGGAACAUGGUAAAGUCUUUCAAAAAUACCCAAAGCUGAAAAUGACGUAUUUUUGUGACUUGUUACCUUACAUAGAACGCGUACCACCAGUUAUGACAGAAGUCAAAGAUUCACAAUGGUUCACGUCAUGCAGGCAUGAAUUGAGGGUUCGUAAGGAAUUGAACUUGACUGCUAUACAAAGAUUAAGCGGGUGGGAACCUUGGAAAUAGAAUUGUGCCAUUAAUAUGAUCUUAUUUUUCAUAAAUUACCUUUUGGAAAAAAAAAUCAAUUAGACUAUCUUAUUUAUGUAAUAUUUAUUAAACAUUCACAGCCGGUCUUCACAAUAUGAAGGCAAAACAGAUCAAAGACAAUCAUUUUAUUCUUUAAAGAAGCCGUCUUCAUAUGAAAAUCAAAAUAUCGCCUGUUCAAGAAUGCCAUGCAUGUAUAAUAAAACUGAACUUACUUCCAAUAGUGUUUCAUAAUGGGUGAACUCGCGAGGAUAGUGGGUCUGUCACCUAUCACAAUCAAUGAUGUGAGAACAAAAUAUUACCAGGAGCACAGGGAACGGAAUGAUUAAGAGAAG